AUGCCAAGCGAAAAAUCAUCUGCUGGAAGUAAUACAGAGAUUCAAAACGCUUCUAUUCAAGUUGAACCUCCUGCGAAGAAAGAGUCGUCGGAUGGUUUUUAUGACAAUGAGGUCCUGAACGGGGACACGAUAGAGGCACCCAAGAGGGGCCUUUUGGGAUACCUUACCAUUUACUUACUUUGUUAUCCUGUAUCCUUUGGAGGCUUUUUGCCUGGCUGGGAUAGUGGUAUUACCGCAGGCUUCAUCAACAUGGACAAUUUCAAAAUGAAUUUCGGAUCCUACAAGCACAGCACUGGAGAGUAUUAUUUGAGCAACGUGCGUAUGGGUCUUCUUGUAGCAAUGUUCAGUAUAGGGUGUUCUUUAGGGGGUGUUGCUUUUGCCCGACUCGCAGAUACUUUGGGCAGAAGGUUAGCCAUUGUUAUCGUGGUGUUGGUGUAUAUGGUCGGCGCUAUUAUUCAGAUUAGUUCAAACCACAAAUGGUAUCAAUACUUUGUUGGUAAAAUUAUUUACGGUCUCGGCGCUGGUGGUUGUUCAGUGUUGUGUCCAAUGCUUUUGUCUGAAAUAGCUCCAAAGGACCUAAGAGGCGGGCUUGUUUCAUUGUUUCAGUUGAAUGUGACUUUUGGUAUUUUUCUAGGCUACUGUUCUGUCUAUGGAACGAGGAAAUAUGAUAACACCGCCCAAUGGAGAAUACCCGUGGGGCUAUGCUUCUUGUGGGCACUGAUUAUCAUCAUUGGUAUGUUACUAGUUCCAGAAUCACCAAGGUAUUUGAUUGAACGCGGAAAAAAUGAGGAAGCACGUAUUUCCAUCGCCAAGAUCAAUAUGGUUUCGCCUGAGGAUCCAUGGGUACAUAGACAGGCGGAAGAAAUUAUUGCUGGUGUGGUUGCCCAAAGGGAACAGGGUGAGGCCUCAUGGAAGGAUCUUUUCUCAGUGAAAACCAAAGUGCUUCAGCGUUUGAUUACCGGAAUACUUAUACAGACCUUCUUGCAACUUACCGGUGAGAACUACUUUUUCUUCUACGGAACUACUAUUUUCAAAUCAGUCGGGCUUACUGAUGGUUUCGAGACCUCAAUUAUCUUGGGUACAGUGAAUUUCUUCUCCACUAUUAUUGCCGUUAUGGUCGUGGACAAAAUUGGUCGUCGUAAAUGUCUGCUAUUCGGGGCGGCUGCGAUGAUGGCUUGUAUGGUUAUUUUCGCAAGCAUCGGGGUAAAAUGUCUAUAUCCACACGGUCAGAAUGCUCCUUCGUCGAAGGGUGCAGGUAAUGCUAUGAUUGUGUUUACGUGUUUCUAUAUAUUCUGCUUUGCAAGUACAUGGGCUCCUGUUGCUUAUAUUGUGGUUGCCGAGUCGUUCCCUUCAAAGGUUAAGUCUAAAGGAAUGUCGAUUUCCACCGCAUUCAACUGGUUAUGGCAAUUUUUGAUUGGUUUCUUCACACCAUUUAUCACCGGAUCUAUCCAUUUCUACUAUGGUUAUGUGUUUGUGGGCUGUUUGGUUGCUAUGUUUUUGUAUGUUUUCUUUUUCUUACCAGAAACGAUUGGGUUAUCUCUAGAGGAGAUUCAACUAUUGUAUGAGGAAGGUGUGAAGCCAUGGAAAUCGGCAUCUUGGGUUCCACCUUCGAGGAGAGGAGGUUCCUCCGAAAAGAUUGAGACCCAGAAAAAGGGUUGGAAAAAGCUUUUGAAGUUCCCGAAGAGUCCUGAUCAAGCUCUGAGCGUGCAUAACUUAACUUAA